AUGUGGCCUGUUCAAGCGCUUGACCUCACCGGCUCGGCGCGCACUAUCUUCCCUUCCUUUACCCCGUUCCCGUUUCCCCGUCCGCCGUUUCCCCCUUUCCUUGCGCCAUGCCCUCCUGGCUCCGCUCUUCCCCGACUGCCCCUCCGCCUGCUCAAGCAUGGGGCGCAAAGCAGCAGCGCGGACCCCUGCCCUUUGAGGCACCUUCAAGGCCCCCCUUCCCCGCCGUCUCCCCGCAUCCCCCUAUUGCCUCCCGCUCAUCAGAAGUCCCCCUUUUCCGCUCGCCCCUCCGCCCGCCCCUCCCCGUCAUGCAGACAACUCCUGGCAGCAGCGUUGACCCCUGCCCCGGCGCAAACCAGUUCCCGCCUCAACCCACCUGCGCCUGGCCUCUUCCUGAAAUCCUUACCCAACUCCCCUUUCCUCACCUUCCCUUUCCCCCUCUCGUGCUCUCUCCUCCCCUCUCCUGGCUCCUUCCUUCUCCCACUUAAUCCUCCUCUCCCCUCAACUUUCCCCACUCUCCUUCUCCUCCCCUCACCUCCCCUUUCCUCCCGCACAUCUCUCUCGCAGUGUCCCAGCAAGGCGGGAUGCUUCAACCGCGGCGACUACUGCGACGGGGUGAAGAACUGCGCGGACGGCAGCGACGAGUGGCCGUGGAUAUGCAGCUUCGACAUGGACUGCGGCGCACUCAACGCCACGCACGUGCUCUGUCCGGACUCCCCCAGCGUCUGCAUCCUUCCCGGGCAGUACUGCGAUGGAAAAACCGACUGCCCGGACUCGCUCGACGAAAACCCGCUCUUCUGCGCGAAUUUCACCUGCCCGAGGAACAGCCUCCGCUGCCCGGGGCUGAACAUGUGCAAGCCGGGCGGUGCGCUGUGCAACGCCGUCCCAGACUGCCCGGGAAAAGUGGCUGGGAGUGUGGCAGUAGAUGAAGACCCGGCUUUCUGCCGGGGGUAUACCUGUCCGAAGGGGUCUUCUAAGUGUAGUGAUGGCCUGCAGUGUGUGGAUGACGUGUUGCGAUGCAAUGGGGUGAAGGAGUGUAAGGAUGGGAGCGACGAGGUGGGGUGUGAUGUGUGGAACUGCACCAAGGGGUUCCGGAAAUGCAAGGACCAGUUGCAGUGUGUGUCGAAGCUCAACUGGUGUAACAAGGUCACCGACUGCAAAGAUGGUUCGGAUGAGGCAACCUGCUUUCCUCCCAACGGCCCAGACAGCACCGGUGGCAGUGGCACUGGUGGUGGCAGUGGUGGGGCCAGUGUCCCCGCGAAGCCAGGCACCGGCAGCUUUGGCAGUGGCACUGGUGGUGGCGGCAGUGGGGGCAGUGUCCCUGGCAAGCCAGGGGGUGGCAACACUGGUGGUGGUGGCGGCAAUGGUGCAGGCAAGCCAGGGGGAGGCAGCACUGGCGGAGGCGGCAGCGGUGCUGGCAAGCCAGGGGGUGGAAGUGGCAGUGGGGGCAGCGGUAGUGGUGCCGGCAAGCCAGGGGGAGGCAGCACUGGCGGAGGCGGCAGCGGUGCUGGCAAGCCAGGGGGUGGAAGUGGCAGUGGGGGCAGCGGUAGUGGUGCCGGCAAGCCAGGGGGUGGCGGCACUGGUGGCGGUGGCGGCAGUGGUGCGGGAAAGCCAGGCGGCGGCAGUGGUGGUGGGAGCAACAAAGGUGGCGGCACUGGCGGGACGGGGAGCAAGACAGGCGGAUCCGGUACACCAGGAGGCUCCUCUGGAGGUACUGUGAAGAAACCACCGCCCAAGUCCACCCCUCCGAAAACCUCCCCAAAACCACCCGCCAAGUCCCCUCCGAAAACCCCACCCAAGAGCACUCCCAAGCCCCCUACCAAGCCGGGUCCCAAGCCCCCUGCCAAGAGCCCUCCGCGCAAGCAAGGCCCCCCGAGUGGGGCGCCGCCAUCGGACUCUGGUACUCGGUCGGACUUCACGUUCGUCGUCACGCGUCGCCAGGCGAUCGCAUGCGUCGCCGUCCUCUUCGCCACGAUGCUUUCCCUUUCCGCGAUCUCGCACCGCCUCGGCCACACCUCCGGGUUCCGCGCCGCGCAACUCAGCCUGUCGAUUAACCCGCACUUAGCAAACACCGCGUCCGCCGCAGGCGGCGCGGGGGUAUCGAGUUUCCAGCGCGGCGAGAUUGCGGCGAAUGUGAUUACAACGGGCGAGGGGAAUCCGUGCGGGGAGAUCGCGAGCCGGCACGGGGCUUGCAUGGCGCCGUGUCAGCGGCGCACCAAGGCCGGGCAUUGCGUGUCGGAGAUGCUUCGACUUUAUGACGAGGCUUACGCCCCACUAUGGCCAGCCCGGGUUGACCUGUUAGUGCGCAGCCACGUGUCAGAUGCUUACUUUCUGAUGGAGGUGCUGUUCAGGAGCAUCGAGCAGAUGUGGCCACGUGGCAUUGGUGACGUCAUCCUGGUGCUGGACGAGGGCGAGAGUGGUGUCAGGGACCUCGUGCCACCCUGGGUCAAGGUGAGUCAACGCCCUGGGUCAAGGAAAGAUUUUCCCUCACAGGCUCUAUGCACUCGCCCUAUGCCAGGGAAGAUUUUCCCUCACAGGCCCUAUGCACUCGCCCUAUGCUCCAGCAGUGACCCUCACGGGCCUCUCACCCGUGCUGCUUCCCUGCGUUACACUCUCUGUUCCUGUCUGCCCAUCCUUCCCUCGCAUAAUCACCAGGUGUACUAUGAGAAGAACUACCUGGACCUGCCGGGGAAGAUCUUGCAGCAGUGGAGCUACCUGUGGGCGGACAACUACACCACUGCCCCUUACAUUGCGAUUAUUGAUGAUGAUGUGGUCUUCAACCUCAAGGUGACGCCUGGUCUGCUGUUCAACCUGACAGACGGCAAGCCAUGGGUGAUCGGGUCAAAGAACACGCAGCGCAACAACUGGCUCCCCUCAACGCGCUGGCUGGUGGGGCAGCACGCCUACUUCGCCAACUUCAUGGUGCAGCUGCCCUUCGUCUUUCCAAGAGACGUGCUGCCCAAGUUUAGAGAGCAUGUGGGGGAGUUGCAUCGGGACAAGUUUGGGAAGAGCUUUGACAAGCCGUUUAAGUACUUUGCGGAACGGGGUCCAAAGUUUGAACGGACGCAGAUCGCCCACACGACUCUGGGCAACUACAUGUGGGCCUUCACACAGGACGAGGUGCACUGGGCGUUAGAAUGGACCGACCACAUACCCAUCCCCCGUGUGGGAGUGCAUGUGUCCUACUCCUGGCCAUUCAGAGAAGCCACCAACCACACCGACAACAUGCCGCGAACCGUCAAAGCUUACAUAAGUGUUUCCGGCGGGGGAGAUCGGGGAGGAUGGGGAAGGGAUUAG